UCCCUCUUCCCCCUCCCCAAGGAAGGUGUUGUGUUGUUCCGUGUCAGUUCCUCCAUGGUCAAUGUUUGUGUUGUGAUAGUGGGAACAUGGCGCGGGUGACAAUGCUGAGCUGUGCCUGUUGUUUGAGAGCUGUGUGGACGCCAGAUGAGAUAGAUCAACACACAAGGUCACAACAAAUUGACAAGGAAAUACAGAAGGACAGACAGAAAUUUAGACGACAGGUUAAACUGCUAUUGUUGGGGGCGGGGGAGUCUGGCAAGUCGACUUUCCUGAAGCAGAUGCGCAUCAUCCAUGGGUAUCGGUUUGCUCAUGAUGAGAUUGACGAGUAUAGAGAAACUAUAUACAAAAAUGUAGUCAUGGGUAUGAAGGUCCUAUUGGAUGCAAGAGAGAAACUUCGGAUACCCUGGGGAGAUGAAUCUCGAGAUGUAUAUGGUCACCAUGUCAUGAAAUUUUCUGGUUCCAUGUCACUAGAUCGACAUGUGUUUUUAGAUUAUGUACCAAGUGUGAAGGAGCUAUGGAAGGACUCUGGCAUUGGACAAGCUUAUAACAGACGAGCAGAAUAUCAGUUGACUGACAGCGUUGCUUAUUUCUUUGAUUCUUUAGACAGAAUAGGAGUUUUGGAGUAUGUACCCACAGAAAAAGACAUUCUUCACUGCCGUAAAGCCACUAAAGCAAUCACAGAGUUCACCAUUCCUAUUCAAAAUGUCCCAUUUCUCUUUGUGGAUGUAGGUGGUCAAAGGACACAAAGACAGAAAUGGUUUCAGUGCUUUGAGAGUGUCACAUCAAUUAUUUUUCUUGCUUCAUCAUCAGAAUUUGAUCAAAGACUCUUGGAAGACAGGAUCACAAAUAGGUUAGAAGAGUCGCUCAACAUAUUUGGGACCAUUGUCAAUAACAGAAACUUUCGUGAUGUCUCCAUAAUUCUUUUUCUGAACAAGACUGACCUGCUCAUCCAGAAAAUUAGAUCUAGACAAAGUAACAUUUCCCAUUAUUUCACAGAUUUUGUGGGUAAUCCUCAUGAUGAGAGAUUUGUUCAACAAUUCAUCUUGCACAAGUUUGUGGAACAGCGGAGAGCAGACAACAAUCGUCGUCCAAUCUUCCACCACUUUACAACUGCAGUUGACACAGAAAACAUAAAGGUGGUAUUUAAUUCUGUUAAAGACACAAUACUUCAGAGGAAUUUAGAAACACUUAUGUUACAGUGAAGUAAUAGGUAUUUUGUAGAUGAACUACACCUUUUGAAAAUACCCCUGUGGUAAAUUUUUUAACAGAAUGUACACACGCACACACGGUGAACAGUUGGGAAUCUGUGCCAUUGAAAUUUGACAGUUUUGUGUAAAUUCACAUUUCAGGUCACAUUUUUAAUAGUCUAUUUGUAUAACUGAAAAUGUGUGCUGCAGAUUUAGCAUUCACCAGUCAGUCUUAUCCUGUUAGCAAGAGUUGAUUAUAAGAGAGAUUACAUGACUAGUAUGGAGAAAGGUCUUGACUGAGGCACUACUUCUGUUUUGUGGCUGGAAUACUGUGGUGCUGCUGCUGGGAACAUUUAGUACUGUACCUCUAUCUGUUUUAAGCUGUUAACAAUCCAAUGUUUUCCUGUAUGUGUUUAGUCAUUUAUAGUAUAUAUUUUUUUCCCCCAGUUUUUCAAAAAAGCAAACCCGAAUUUGACUUUGAGGUAAUUUUAAUUUCAUGUUUGAGUGUAGGAGCUUCAUAAUUCCAUGCACAAUAAUAUAGUGAUUUUACAAGAAUUUAGCACUUUAAUAAGACAAAUGAGCUAUGGCUUUUAAAAUCAUGCACUUUUAGUUGAUAUGUAAAAUACCAGUACAUAAAUUGUGUUGGACAACGUAAUAUUAAUGUGUUGGCAAAUGUCACAAAUCUUACCAUGCCUGUCAGAUAUAUUAUUAAAAGUGAUUUUAUAUUGUAAGACAACAUCAUUUCUUCAUGAGUAUGCUGCUCAAAGCAUUGGUAGAAUGAUGUACAGUACUUUUACUCAUAAAAUAUCACCUAGGGGCACAUUUUAUGUAAGUUUUUUGUUUGUUACCGAAAUAAUAUUGUAUGACUCGUUUCUGGAUGUAUUAUGGUUAUUUUUAACGAUGUUCCAUUAACAUUCCUAAGAUUGUCUGUUUUUGAUGUUAAGGACAUGUCUUAAGGUGUCCAGUAAGGCUCUAAUUGCUAUCCAUCAGUAUCAGUUGACAAGAUUAAUUACUUGUGCUGCAAUUAUUGGAUUUAUGGCUCGACACAAACUGUUUACUUGUAAGGUUUUUAAAUAAUUUGUU